CUCCCCAGUCAUGUCUAAGAAGAGAAUCUCCGCCAAGCCAAUCCUUUCCAGCAAGGAGGACAACAGUUUUCGCGAAGCCCUCAAACUUUAUGAGGAAAAGCAAUACAAGAAAGCUCUCAAGCUUGUGGAAACGGUCUUGAAGAAGAACUCGAACCAUGCUGAGUCCUUCUCGUUGAAGGGGAUCAUUUUGUUCUACCAGAAUGAAAAAAUUGAUGCUGAUGCCUACAUCAAGAAGGGGAUUAUGAAGGGAGCGCGCAAUUCGAUUGUGUGCCAUAUUUCCGGAAUUUACUACCGCGCGCGCGCGGAGUACGCAGAGGCCGCAAAGUGGUAUGCGGCGGCGUUGGAAAACGGGUCCGUCAACAAGGUUAUCUACCGUGAUUUGUCAGUGAUGCAGUCACAGAUCGGUGACUUUGCCGGUUUGACGCACUCGCGCCAGGAGUACCUCGAGGAACAACCGGGCUAUCGUUCGCACUGGACGUCCACUGGGAUCGCAUACCACCUCAACAAAGAGCACGCGAAGGCGGAAAACACGCUUACCAAAUUUGAGGAGUUGGCUGAGGGCAAGUUGAACGAAUCUGACAUGUUCGAGAACUCCGAGUGUCUUUUGUACAAGAACACCAUUAUCGGGGACACGCACGACUACGCACGUGCGUUGGCACAUCUUGACGUUAUCGAGAAAGACUCUAAGGAUAAGUUGGGUUGGCUCGAAUUGAGAGGAAAGUACCUCAUGCUCUUAUCCAGAAACAAGGAAGCAUCGAUUGUCUACCGCUCCUUAUUGCAGAGAAACCCUGACAACAUGGCGUACUACCACCUCUUGGAGACAGCGUUAGGGACGAUUGAAAAGGGCCCUGCCGUCAGAAAGCAGUUAUACGCGAAGUUGGCCAGGUUCUACCCGAAGUCCGACCCGCCAAAGUACAUUCCAUUGACCUUUUUGGACGGCUCGGAUUUCACUGCCGCCACGAACGAUUAUGUCUUAGCGCAGUUGAAGCGCGGCGUCCCAUCCACCUUUGUAAAUGUUAAGGCGAUUAUGGGAAACUCUGCAAAACAGAAGAUUAUCGAAAAGCUCGCUACCGAGUACUUUGAAGGCUUGGACAAGAACCAAGAGCCAAUCGCGUGGAUCUGGGCGUCGUAUUUUCUUGCGUCCAACGCUCUCUAUAUGGGUCGCCUCGCGGAUGCGCACGCUCGCAUCGAUGCCGCGAUUGCGCAUACACCGACGUUGGUUGAGUUGUACAUUUUGAAGGCGCGCAUUAUUAAGCACGAAGGCGACGCGGUUGCGGCGGCUGCCGUGAUGAACGUAGGCCGCGAGUUGGAUUUGCAAGACAGAUUUAUUAACUCUAAGGCUGCAAAAUACUACUUGCGCGCGAAUAUGGUUGACCAGGGGAUUGCCACUAUCUCCAUGUUCACUAAGAAUGACAACGCGGUCAACGGGUUGAAAGACCUUCACCAAUUGCAGGCUAACUGGGUAAUUGUCGAAUCGGCGUCCGCUUACUUGCGCUUAUUCCAGGAGGCUUCCGCAGCCUAUCGCAACGUCUUGACCAGCGAAGACUUCGUGGCGUUGUCUGAGGAAGAGCAGCUGAAGAUCAAGACUGAGACUGAGGAUCAGCUUGCGAUUUACCUGGGCCUUGCGUUGAAGAGGUUGCACGGGGUGGUGAAGAUUUUCAACGAGUAUGUUAACGAUCAGUUAGACUUCCAUUCUUACUGUAUGAGACGAGGCACCGCAAGAGCGUACAUUGAGAUGUUGAAAUGGGGCAACAGCGUGUUAAAGACACCAGUAUACUUGAGAACCAUUGAGGAAUUGGGCAAACUCUACCUUCAAAUGGCUGAUGCCAAGAAGCCUGCUGAAGACAAGAAGAAGGUCAAGAAGGUCAAGAAGUUGAAGGGUAAGGAUGCUAAGCGUAAAGAGGAGUACAUCGCCCAAAUUACUGCUUACGCUGAUGAUGCGGAUCCUUUGGGUGCCGAAUUGCUCCUGGCCGACCCUCUCGAGACAUUUUACGUGUUGUGGAAGCCAGUCAACGACCAGUUUGGCGUCUCCCGUGACUCUCAGUCCACUGAAAUCCACCGCAUGGGCUUUGAAGUCUAUGUCAGACAGCAGAAGUACUUGUUGGCAUUACAAGAAGUGAACCAGUUGAAGAAGGUCACCGAUAAUACGCACCCGGCCAUCGGCACAAUGGUAUUGCAGUUGAAGGCUGUGAUUGCCAACCCAGAGACCAGCGGCGCCCCAGAAGCCAUAUUGAAGGUCGUGGAGAAAUCCAUAGAUACCUAUUUCCCUGAGUUGGGCGAGUUGGGUGACGAGAAGUUCUUGGCUGGGUACGCCGUGGAUGAAGUUACCCAGUUGGUUUCCGAGUUGGCUGUAUAGCAUUUAGAACUAGAAAUGUUUUGAGAUAGCGA